AUGGCCGGCGCCGUCCAAUCAGCAGCCGCCACGUUGGCCAGCACCAUCGCGCAAGCUCCUGGCGGGCUCCUAUUCGACGACGCUUCGAAAAUCUGCCUUGAUUUCGGCCCUCUCCCCGCCUGCGAUUUUUACUUCGAUCUGCUUGGUCCGCUCGGGCUGCCCUCGCUUCGCUUCCCCGUCGUCUCCGGCGGCGCGCUCGUCCUCUCCCAGCAGAACGGCGACCGUCCCGUGAGCCUCGCCAUCGCCACCGGCGUUUCGCCUGACGCUGGCGAAAUCCUUGGCGACAAGAAGGCGAAGAAGGGUGGUUACCAGGUGGAGAUUGACGCAACGGGCCCGGCGAAGUACUGCAAGUGCGAGGCGGCGAAGCUGGCGAAAACUGUGGCGCAUGCUGGCGAUCAGUUCUAUGCGACUGGACAGCCGGCCAAGGUGUAUGCGCGCACGUUUCAGAAGAACCUGCCAGCGUCGGCCUUCAAGGGGUGCUGUGUGCGCCUGCCGCUCACCAGCGUGCAGCUCAAGGCACCCAAUGGUGACGUCAUCAACCUCAACCAGGGCGAUGGUAACAAGCAGUUCCCUGAGCCCCGCCGCUGCCUCCUCUUCCACGUGCUCACCGUGUGA